GUUUCUCAAAAUCAUUUACUUCUCUAUGAUCUUAUGGACAGUUGUAUGUUCCAAAUCAAGGAAACAAAACAAAUGUUUUAGGCAACGAUCAAAUGCAGACUGUCAAGCAAUCAAGAUACGUUGUCCCAAAGGGGCGAUCAUCUAUAACCCUACAAUAUGGGCGACCGAUAAAACAUGCAGAGCGAAACAGCCUUCUAGUCUUGGACAACCUGUGGAUCUGAUUGUUAACAUUGCAGAAUGUUACUGGAAAUCUAAAUGUUUGAUCAAGUUUCCAACAAAUCCAUUUUUCCAAGCAACACAAAUUGAUGAUGUAAACACGUUACAAGUAAGGAAUUGGACUUGUAUCAGUCAAAAAGAGACGUCAACAUUUUUUAGUCAUGGUAUUUGUGAUGGAACAGAAUAUAUAACAUCUCAUACUGACGGAGUCAUACUUAGCCAUCCAAAUAUUCCAUGGAAUUAUGAUUUUGGGAAGCAUAAUAAAAAUAAAGCUGGGUUUCAAUGCCGGAAGCUUAUCAAUAUGGACAACCAUGCAAAUAACAGAAUUCAUAUUUCUACGCAUAUGUUUGAUGUAGAUCAAAACACCGACAACUUAUACAUAAAUGACAAGCCUGUACCACGAACAGGCUUCAAUCAAAUUUUUAACAUAUCAAGCGGAAAUGUUUCUAUUAGAUUUGAAUCACAACCUGGACAACUUGUCUCAAAAGGUGGACGAGGUUUUGUUAUUUGUUUUAAUAAAAUACAAAAUGAUGCCACAGUAUUUGCGAAUACAUCAGCAUGUGCUAAGUUAAUGAAAACAUAUAGAAAUGCACAACUAACAAUGGAUAUGACAGAUAUGAACUGCAACAAGAAGUUCACAAAACAAUGUCCAGCCAACGUUAUUAAAGGUAGAUGUAGAAAUUGUAAAUUGAAAGGUGUAAGUAAAUGUAGCAGUAGGUACAAAUCUACAUGUUCUUUGUGUUGUCCGGACAAGGAUAUCAGAAGACAUUGUAAACGUGUUAGUAGAAAGACAAAACAACGAUCACAGAAAGGGAAAAACAAAAGAAAAUACCAUGAAAGGAGACGUCAUAGACAAUAUAAGUUAUGAUACUAAUAAUAUUUUGUAUCUUGAACAUAUACAUACAGUUGUUUAAUAAUUUCUUAAAAAAAUUAAAUGGUCGCAGUCUGUAGAAUCUCCAAAACAGUUUAUUGCAGUUCUACCCGUUACCAGUUUUAUAUAUUUCUACUGACAAAACUGUAAAUGACAAUUCUUCCUUAUAACCAAUUCUUUAUAUGUCUUUAUAACAGUUUGUCAUUUAUCUACCAAUACAUACAGUUAUUUAUUUAGUUCAUUUACAUGUAUUUAAGAACGUACUAUUGUAUUUAUCUCAUAAAUUGCUGCAUGUUCUUAUUUUGUCAUAUGACACCCUUAGUGUGUUAUACAACAGGAACACCUUUAGUUAUACAUUAUCUUAAACAUAUUUCUUUUAUUUCAAACAAAAUAUCUUGGAUACCUUUGCAAUGUAAGAAUUGUUUAAUAUUUAAACUGUUUUUAUUUUUAUAGUAUUUUAUAUGUUAUCUCGCAAUCGAUUUAUGACUUUGGAACAGCGGUAUACUGCUGUCGCCUUUUUAAUUUUAUGUCUGUUGUUAUUAUAAGCUCAUGUUAAAAUCUAAUUGUAGAACAAGUAACACCUAACCAUAUGCAUAUCAUGAAUUAUGUCAGGUUAUCUCGGUUACACAAAUACUUCCCUAAAACAAAUGAUAUCAUGGUAAUACUGUAAUCUAUCUGUUUAACCAGUGAUAAAUUAAUUUAAGAUGUUUUUCUUGGAAUACAUUGUAUACUAUUGUAUUUUGCGUUUUUUUUU